AUGUCGUCGGAUGGCGUUCCUAGUUCGUCUGUCAACGACAUCACACAAUGGAGCGACAAGAAAAAGUUAGAAGCGGAAGUGCAGUACAUCCUGCUGCAAUUCGAAAAGCCAAAGGAAUGGGCUGAUCUUAUGAACUGUCUGAUACGACUGCACAGAAGCAUACGACAGUCCACAAUAUGCGAAAUUCCGCAGAAAGAGACCAUAUGCAAGAGACUUGCACAAUGCCUCAACCCGCAGCUGCCCAGCGGCAUUCACGCAAGGGCCCUGGAGGUGUACGGCUCCAUACUGGAAAAGGUGGGCUCGGAGGGGCUGGCGCAAAACCUGGCCCUCUUCAGCAGCGGCCUGUUCCCGUUCUUCACAUACAGCUCCUCCUCCGUGAAGCCGGUGUUCCUGAACCUCAUCGAACAGUUCUACAUACCGCUGGGGAAAAAGUUGCUGCCCUGCCUCAUAGGAUUGCUCAUAUGCAUCAUACCGGGAUUGGACGAUGACAAGUCAGAGAGCUAUGAGCAGGUAUACAAGGCGCUCGAACGCAUCAGUGACUGCGUGUCCGAGCGGAGCUACAUGCGGGCGCUGUGGCUCAUCCUGCUAAAUGCAAGCAAGAUAAGGCUGUCAACGCUCACCGUGAUUGCAAACAAGCUUGCUCCGGGGCUCCCCAUGUUGCCUGCGGAAAGGGUGGAUAUUCUGGUGCCUCAUAGGCACGUGCUCGUCAUGAGGAGUCUUGAAGCCACCACUGAGGAUGAUUCGCUCCUGGUGCUCAGGGAAAUGAUCAAUUUGCUCAUCAAGCACUUUCCCCUGGACUCAAAUAUCCUCAGCGAUGCGGACAAGUCCUUGCUCUGCAGACAGUGCCUCAAGCUGCUUACCAAGAGGAAUUGGUCGCUCAACAGGAGACUGUACCAGUGGAUUUUUAACGCGACGAACGAUUUUAACACGUCAUCGGAGUCGCUGGAUCUGACCUAUUUUACUAAAUACUCGAAGGACAACCUCAUAUCGGCAAUCAAGGAACUGCUCACGGCCAAAGGAAAAACCCUGGACGAGGUGUUAAUACCCAUCAAAAUCAUCGUCACAUUCAUCACCGACGCAGACCUGAAAGGAGUUACCGAAAAACUCAUGCCUGCGCUUUGUAUUCCAAUCCUCAAGUAUAUUUGCAAGGAGCAUGAGGAGGAGGAAUGGAGGGCCAACAUCAUCGAAAGCACCAGGCUCAUUUUCGACACCAGUCUGACACCGACAAGCGUUAUAUUCGAGUCUAUAGUGAGCGAAUACAACAAUUAUGCAGCCUCAAACUAUGCCAGCUGCUCCAGCGUGUGGCACGAUAUGCUGGAACUCAGCAGCGUGUAUCUUGACGAGGUCUGCACGCAGCUGUACCUAGAAGAUGUCCUUUGCGGGCUUUUCAUGCUGAUGAACAACGCGCUGGAUCACCUGCACAGGCUUCAGAUCAAAGAUGACCUCAAUGUCAUCAACCACGUGAUCAUGUACGUGUCCACAAUCUUCUCUAGGGUGGAGGGGAUCAUACGGGGCGAGGACAACUUCGUGCGCUUCGACGACACCAUUAAGCUCGACGAGGAGGAAGACAAGAAGAUGAACAUGCUCAUGAGUUACCAGAAUUCGUGCAACACAUACGUAUCGAAGUAUCUCGACAGUUUCUACACCGAUGCACUGACGUAUUUCGAGGACCACGCCGAAGAACUGUCAGCGUACGAGUUGAACACCAUCGACCUCCUUAACGACUUGGCCGUGCGGUUUGUGGCAGUGGAAGGCUACAUGGCAGUGGUCCCGCUGACGAAGGGGUUUUGGAGAAGCAAAACUUUCGUGGAUUCCAUUGGAAGCCACAGGCAGGAUUUCCUGAACGACACUUACCUUCCACAGCAUACAAUGGUGGAAUCGCCGUCCUUCGAGUCAUACAUUUUCCCCACACUAUUCCGCAGUGAUUCAAUCGUGUCAAACAGCAACGCGGUGACGCCAUCCGCGAAAACGACCGACGCAACCACGAAAGACACGUUCAAGUUGGAACACUGGAUACAAACACUGCUGAAGUGUACCGUCGCCAACAAUGCCCAGCUCUUUUGCAGAGGGAUCAGAACGUUUAUCGCCCUUCUGAGGCUUCCCAACAAGAGGGAUAUGUAUAGCUACGUGGAAACAAAUGGUGAGCACAUUCGCAACAUCAUCCUCAGGCUCUGGAACUCGCUCGAUGAUUCCCAUGCUGCGAGCCAUUCGGAAAUCGUCCUGCUGCUCAUACAGCUCAACAAUACAAUGCCGCCUUCACGGGUUGAGGCUGAGAAAAUCAUCGUGCAGGACCUCACCAGAUCUGAAACUGACUUGAAGGUAGCAGCGAUGCUCAGGUUUGGCGUUUUGUGGAGGUACGGCCACAUACACGCGCCGAAGGAGGAGCUCUUUUCGGAGGCGUUGGGUUGCAUAUUGGACAACGUGGAGGAGUCCGAUCCGAAGCUGCGAUACUACUCCUGUUCGUUCCUGUCCGAGUCAGUUGCAAUCUUGCCAAACCUCAUCAACCCCAUCCUGAGGGCACUUGUCUCAUUCGACAAGAUCGAUCCGGAGUCGUACAGCUCCUACAUCGUGAAUGUAUUGAGGAAGUUUAGGCAUCUAUCCUACAUCGUCAGCCGUGAAGGUCCCAUGCUUCUGGAUCUCAUGCAAAGGCGACAGGCGCCACCACAACUCAUUGAGCUCGUGCAGGGUGAGGAUAUCUACAGCCGUAUGAUUGGAGUUUCGAAGUCGGUUAUGGAAGGCAGCGCUAUGAAGGGCCCUGGAUCUGUCUCUGCCAAUUUAAUGCACCCUAAUAUGGGAGCUGCAGCUACGAUUGAUGGGAACCGAUCGGCAACGUUGGUUACGUUUCCCACGCUAAGAGACCCGAAGGGCAUCUCUUACGAAGAUUCGUGUAUAUACGAUUAUGUCGACCUGCUUGUUGUGCUCACGCUGAAAUAUAUAUGUCUCAACAUAAAUGUUUCUGCGCUGCUCAACUUCACCACAUUUGAAGGUUUGGAGCAAUACGCAAAUGAGUCAACGGACAAUCAAACGGAGAGCACGCAUGUGCUGCAUGAAAACGCAAUGUUGUUUAGAUGCACAGCCAUCGAUUUUAUGAAGCUCUUUCUGUCGACCAUUCAGCCAACCAGCAGGGCAAAAGAGGUGGCGUGUCUCAUCUCACGGCCACUGCUAUGUGUGCUCUAUCACUUCCACCUCAAGGAUGAGGCCAUCGUGCAGACGCAGCUUUUGUACUUGCUCAAGGUUGUGAUCGAUCGUUGCCAUGUGGAUUCUCCGGCGAUCAGCGAAGCCACCAGCGCGCUCAUAGACUCCUCCAAGGACCUUGCCAGGCAAUCCGUGGUUUCGAUGAAAGGGAUGAGUGGCAGAUCCGUGGAAGCGGAUACAUCGUCGCAAAAGGGUGUGAGCUUUGAUUUGAGCAACGUAGAGGGAGUGGAAAGAAGCGAUACGGAUCUUUCGCGAUUGUCUGGAUACGCUCAGGAAAUUAGGAAUCGGAAGAAAUACGGUACAGAAGCGUUGAGCAACGCGAUUAGGUCCGCCGCUGACACCGCGCCUACGAAUGAAAGCUACGCAGGGGACGGAUUAGGCGCUGGGCGUAGAUAUCCUUUCGAUCACACAUCGUGUAUACUGCCGAGGAUGUACAUCAUCAAUGUGGUUGCAAUCAAGCAGGAGCACGUGGGGAACCUCAAAAAAAUAACGGAUGAUCUGCUGUUUGCGCAAAUAUUGGAAUCGUGUAUUUUCAACACCGCUAAGGCUGGUCGCGUACACUUGCUGCAGUCCUACAUCGAUUUCUCAUUGUACACCCUCAAAUACUUGACACCGGCCAACUCGCUCAGAUACUCGUCGACAUUUAUUACGCAUUUCUGUAACCAUCUCUACCAGGGAACGGAUUGGAUCAAAAUUGCCGCCAUAUCCCAGUAUCUGAGGGGUAUUUAUGUCAUGCUCGGGCAUAUAACCAACAAGUUGGGCAAUCUGAAAAUAGACCUUAAAAGCAUGGAGAGGUUUAAUCACGAUAACGCCUUAUCGCCAUGCAGUUUGUCGGCGAUUCUCAAUAUAACUGAGAUGGGCUACAUGCAAAAUGACGGCGGAAAUGAAACCUCAAGGACCACUCGCGGGCUGGUCUCGAAGCAGAAAGCGCACUUGGUCACUACCAAGGAAGAACCCAUCUUAUUCGAGAUAUCCCAAGUGGUGGAUGUAUGUAUGCAGUGUCUGCUUUGGGUGGAAAAGCGCAACAACGCUGAUAUCCUCAACAGGGUGCGGGGGAUGGCCGUUGGAGACUCUGCCGUGGUUGACUCGCCGAAACGGGGGUCGAUCACAUUUAAAGUGGAUGGCGGUAACCAGGAAUCCAUACGCCUGGACAUAAUCAUGUCGGUGCAGAGUAUAUACAAAGAAAUAUUACAAGGUUUUAGAUUGAUGUUCCAAUGCCUGCCACAUCACUUCACGGAAGGGUGCCUUGUGCUUUGGAAUAAGGCUGAACACAGUCAGCACAGCAGGGAAAUCAAAUUGGAACUCAUCAGCUGUCUGAAUGCCAUGCCACAGUUCUCGAGGCAAAAGAUGAUAUCGUACAUUCUUGAUAUGCUAGAACCCUUCGCAAAGUCCUCAAAGUACAAGCAUUUAAGGGGCUACCAGCUCCUCUCCGCCAAUGUUAGGGAUAACGCGGUAUGCGAAUUCAUAUAUGCGCUGAUAGACCUGCCAAUGACGGCUAAAAGGGAUGUUGAGGACACGUUCCAUGUUAUGAAGCGAUACGUCACAUUCGUCCUCAACUAUCAGCGCCAGCCGAUGGUGUUGCUCUGGAGCUUCCAAACCAUAUGCAACUUCGACAAAUCGCAUCCCACCAAAAAUGCAAAUGUCAUUGAAAAGAGCUUGAAAAAAUUCCUUAGCGAGGUCAUGUAUGGCCUCAUCUAUCAAAGUGUCGGACUCUACAUGCACAAAGUUUGUACAUGGCUGCUGCCGAGGAAUUAUGAUCUGGAGCCGCCAUUACCGCCACAUAUGUAUGUCAUCAACAACGAAUACUAUGAGCACGUCAAUCCGAAGGAUUCCAUAUUGGCAUGCGCUGGAUACACGCCAAAAGGGAACGCGGCGAGCGCCACGACAGCAAAAACGAAAUCGGUGGAUAAUCUAGAUUGCCUCUGCAAAAACGCGCUUGCGCAGAUGAUUGUUUUUAGCUACGAAACGGCGCAGCUCAGCAGGCGCACGGCCAUAGCCAAUAUCUUCUUCCAAGUCCUGCUGAACAACCUAGGCUCAUAUGUUCUGCCUAUGCUGCAAGAGAAGCUGGAUAGGCCGCUUACUUACCGCUACCUCGUACUCUUGCUUUUGCGCAACCUCCCGUUUAAUCUUUAUGAGGGAUCCUUGCAGUGCAUCAAGAAGCCCAUCAUAGACUACAUCAAUAUGCCUGGGUUCUUCAAAACGAAUCGCAGGGGGUUCCGGUGUAUCACAACGUUAUUCAGAUUGGUUGCGGAUGAUGAAUGUAGGGGCACGGUAGACAGGCUUAGCAGACUGGACCACUACACCUGCCCGCCACACAGCUCGGUGUUCACCAGUAGGUCAAUGGACAUACAGGGUCGUGUAAAGUACCUCAAGAGGUUAGCCUUUGUGCUGUACGCCUGCCGCAAUGAUACAUUCGCACCGCACAUCGCAACGAUCAUAGAAAGGCUGACGGAUAAUUAUAGAGCCUACGACGACGACAAUCUACGGACCAGGGCGCUGCUUGUCAUGCGGGUUCUGCUUAUCAAAAUGUCGCAGAAGUACCUCACUGUCUUGUGGCCAGUAUUGUUGUCGGAACUUAUAAAGGUUUUCGACAGGGAAAACAGGGCUCUAAUUGGUCUAGAUGCAUCACAAAGCGCAAGUAUUGCAGAUAGGCAGAGUGGAAAGGCCCACACUAGCCGCGGGGCCGAUGGGCGGACGUCCCCGGACCCAAGCCGCUACAAAUUACUCAAAGAGGCGCUCAAGAUUAUUGAUGUCGCGUACUCACUCAAGCUUAACGAUUUUCUGAUCUACCAGUGGAUGUUUGUGAACGACAUGGCGGAUAAAUACUACACCGAAAACGAAAAUGAAGUCGAAACUGACGCUUUCGAGUUUAAGCCUUUCCUGAUGAUUAUAGAGCAAAAGUAUCCGGAAGUAGUCAAAAAGCAUCUCCGCAACGAUUACUACCUCAAAAUGAGGAAGUUUAUAGAUAGCGACGCGGCGUACGACGCCGAGCUCCCGCAGCCGUCAUCCCCCGCCAACAAUGACCAGACAGCGGCACGGCAAGGGCCGCACGGGAAGAUGGACGAACAAGUCCCACUGGCAAGUGCCCAGGAUUCCACCGAGAGGAAACAACUCACCCAGGAGCUAAUCGACCUGUCGAUCGAAAACGACCUCCUGGACACCGGCGUGGAACACAGGGACCUGGAGAGCGAGCUCAACGUGCACCAAAUAUGCAAAAUGUACCGGAAGACAUUCCAUAUAACACUUAUUCCUGUUACACCUAACACGCCAUAUGAGGCAGCGACGCGUCUUCCUGGCAAACCUGCGCUACGCGGCUGGGGAUAA